AUGGCCAAACCAGACCAAAAGGCCAUCGACCGUCUUGUUGACUGGUUCGUCCAGCAUGGCGGUUAUGUGCACCCCAGCUUGCGCUUCGCUCAGGACGCCUAUGGAGGCGUGGCCGGCUUCGCAGCUGAGGACAUCUCAAACCCUCCCGCCGGUGGACUGCACCUCAUGACGUGUCCGCUGAAACUGCAGCUCUCUCAUCUCCAAGCUCCGGAGUCUAUCCAAGGCCAAUUACCAGAACAUGUUCUCCGUAACAUAGCUCUGAUCAGAGAGACGCUCCUCGGGGAGGAGUCUCUCUGGGCGCCGUACAUCGAAUGCUUGCCUAAGAGCGAGCAGAUGAACACCCCGAUCUUCUUUUCUGAGGAGAAGACCCAGGAAGCCAUCAAUGAGAAGCGGAACGACACUGCCUGGCUUCUCGGAACUAACCUUGACAAGGCCUGGCGUCCCCGGGCCGAGCAAUGGAAAAAAGAGUGGGAGAAUGCUGUCCAGGCUCUGAAGAAGCAGGAUGUCGAUGUUGAAGGGUAUACAUGGGAGCUGUACAAAUGGGCUGCCACUAUCUUCACCUCGAGAUCCUUCAUCUCCGAUCCCGGCAUGAGCAAAAACAACGAGGCUCAUGCUGUCCUUAUGCCAGUCAUUGAUCUACUCAACCACCGCUUCCCUGCCAAGGUGUUCUGGUUCUUCGACCACGGCGCCUUCCAAUUCAAAACAGAAGAGGUGGUUGCUAAGGGUCAGGAAAUCUUUAACAACUAUGGCGGUAAAGACAAUGAAGAGCUCUUGAAUGGAUACGGCUUCUGCAUUCCCAACAACCCUUGCGACGUAGUAGCUAUUCGGUUUGGACAACUGCCUCCUCCCAUCACUGAUGAACUCGGAAGGCUUCUUGGAAAAUGGGACCCCGCUCAAACACACUACAUCAGAGGCCGUGACCACCUGCUCGGCCCGUAUCAGGUAUCUCUGCCAGACUAUCCAGAAGUCACUUCUUCGGGUGUGCCACAAACCAUCUGGACUGUUAUGGAAGUCCUCAAGAAAUUCCAAGACGAGCAACAGGGACAACGUGCGAAGUGGCGUAGCACGCUUUCAGCGCGGUGCGACCUAUUCGAGAUCCUGGCUACCAAGUACGACAACAUCGACCAAUUCUGCGACUACCUCCCAGAAAGUCCUAAGAACUUGAAGCAGCAAUAUGCCAAGAUCUAUCGGGACAGCCAGAUGAAGAUCCUCAAGGAGAACCACGCCGAUGUUGAAAAGCUGAUUGAGAAAGCCAACUUCACAAGUCUCGACGAUGCCGUCAAGGCUCUGAAGGAGGAUAAAGAGGAGGUUGGUGGAAGGAGUUGGAUCUCAGCGUUGGAGAUCAACUUCAAGACGGAUGAUCUUGCAUCUCUCCGGGAGCAGGGUGUGGAGCGAGAGGCGUGGAUUCUUUGGCUGUGUGCUGCAUGGCUUACCUUCACUACCAUGGGUGUCGAAGAGUCGUCUCGUAUCUCGACGUGGCUCAAGGAUUUACUAGAAUCCCACCCGUAUAACGAGACUGAGUCCGAGUCACACCUGCCAAUGCCCGUCCGGCAAUUGCGUGCGCAUGCCGACGGUAUCUGGCAGGAUCCCAAUUUCGGCGCUGAGCUGUACAACUGGGCAGGCGAUGUGGUGGAUGCGGAAGCGAGGAUGCUGGCAUACCUGGACGAUAAUGAGCACCAAGGAAAGCUCUUCGUCUGCAUGAAGGACUAG